GCGUCCGGGGUUGUCGGUUCGGCGGGUCUUGCUGCGCCGCUGCGAAUUGGCUGAGCUGCCCCCUGUGCUGCGUGCGGCCUGCCGGGCGCGAUGGGCUCCCGCGCCUCCACGCUGCUGCGGGACGAGGAGAUCGAGGAGAUCAAGAAGGAGACGGGCUUUUCCCACAGUCAGAUCACCCGUCUGUACAGCCGGUUUACCAGCCUGGACAAAGGAGAAAAUGGGACUCUGAGCCGUGAAGACUUCCAGCGGAUUCCAGAGCUUGCUAUCAACCCCCUGGGAGACCGGAUUAUCAAUGCUUUCUUUCCAGAAGGAGAGGACCAAGUGAAUUUCCGUGGUUUCAUGAGGACUCUGGCCCAUUUCCGACCUAUUGAAGACAAUGAAAAGAGCAAAGACCAGAAUGGACCAGAACCCCUCAACAGCCGGAGUAACAAGCUGCACUUUGCUUUCAGAUUAUAUGAUCUGGAUAAAGAUGACAAGAUUUCCCGGGAUGAGCUUCUUCAGGUGUUACGGAUGAUGGUUGGUGUAAACAUUUCAGAUGAACAGCUGGGCAGUAUUGCUGAUAGAACAAUCCAAGAGGCUGAUCAAGAUGGAGAUAGUGCCAUCUCCUUUGCAGAGUUUGUCAAGGUAUUAGAGAAAGUGGAUGUAGAGCAGAAAAUGAGUAUUCGAUUUCUACACUGAUGGAUGGAGACCAUUCCUCACUACCCCUAAUAUUUAAGGAAUAGAACUUCACUUUCUCCCUAGCACCUUUCCCAAAAGUAUUGCUACUGGUGCAUGAAAAAAUAAAUCUCCAACCCCUCCCCAACUUGUUCCAUCAAUAUGUACGUUCCCUGUGCGUAAGGAACAGAGGGAAGUGGCUGCAGUGCAGCUUGGAGUGGAGGAUUUAAGUCCUUUCCCUCCUUUAUUUCAUAUCCUUUAUUCACCCUCUGCGUUGUUGUGUGAUUCUGAUUGUCUUCUUCCAUGUACCCUUGCUGAAUCUGUAAACCUAACACUAAGCUCUGAAUCUGAGAAGGUAAGAGGUAGCAAUUUUAACUUUUUUUUUAAUGGAAAGUAGCUUACCGUGCAAAACCAACCUGUGUUCAAGCAUUCCUUCAUACAUGUUAGGUGCCGACGUCCCAUGGCAGUGUCAGACAGGGCUACUAUUUUGUUUCUCCAGUUGCUUCUUUGUAUCAACCUUUUUCUUCUCACCUGAGGCUGCUUUGAAGUCCUAGGACUGGGAAUACCACGGCAGUUAUGAGUUGCUUCAGAUGAUGUAAAUGGAUUGAAUGGGCGUAAUCUAUGGGGAUAAAGAGUCUGAUAGAUGUGAGUUGUUAGUGUUUUGAGGGACAACUUGAACUCUGAACAAUGCUUUGUUGUCUUGGUACCAGAUACAGAACUAGGGAGACAGAAGCAUUUUUCCCUAGGUUGCUUUUCUGUAGGAUAUCUCUUUCCAGUGCUCUCUUGCUUCACUUUUUAAAAACUAAUUAGUGCAGGUUUGCUGCCAGUGUUAAUUCAAGAAAAUAAGCCGUGCAUAAUGUUUGGCUUCAUGACACUGUCGCUGUCCAGUGGCAAUACUUAAAUGAAACAUCCUGUUGCUUUCAUACUAAUUGUGGAUACCUGGGUAACUUGGAUACUAACAGUUCUCUAACAUCCAUUCUCAGACUCAGGUCACUGGUUCUGCAUAAUGGGUGCAAGCUUAACUGCACUGGAAUACUCAUGAAAGCUUUAUAUGUGAGAAUAGUGUUUUAGUGAAGUGCAUAAUGCAUCCCAGAUUAGUCCAAAUAGUGAUAUUUAAGAAUAUAUUUUGACACGUGGCAUAAAUCUUCAUGCAAUUACAGCAGAAAUGAAAAACAUGAAUGCAACUUAAGAGCAAGACAAAAUGCAAGGGAUCAAAAGUGCUGAAUGUAUUCAAAUAUAGAUCUCCAAAUUCAUCGCCUACACAGCAUGCUUGCAUGCAGCUAUGUGGCUUAACAAAGGGUCUUCUAGUUAAGGUGGAGUGUUUUGAGUUGCCUAGGAAGUCCUUCAAGAAGGGGAUAAAAAGCUGCUUUACUGAAAAAUCAGUGUUAAAGUACUUACCCCACCUCUGCAUAAUGUGUUUCUAAAAUAAAUUUUUGUAAGUACAUACUUAUCUCUGCUAGCCUCAAAUAGAUUUCUUCGGUUCUCUUACUCAAUCACUUGUAUUAAAGAAUGAAUAUCUGAGUCCCUGAAGGAUUAUUUGCUCUUAGUUAAGGAGUUGCAGAGGGAGAUGUUGCACUAUAAUCUCUUUCGGACUGCAAUAUUGUAGGCUAGGCCAGAGAGAAAUGCAAGUGAAAUUUCUGCUCUGCACAAGAGAAACAUUCAGGUUUUAUGACCACAUUAUGUAAAAUAGGAAUGUGACAGUGUAGCAAUUGUGAGGUACAUGUUUUUUAUAGGUGUUGUGAUUUUGCUUAUUUAAAAGUAGGUGUUGCUUUUUUCCUUCUGUGUAGGUGUAAUCCACAGUUGUGCCUUAUUGUCCCAGUGAGACUGGAUAUUUUAUUUAUCAAUCCAUAAAUAAAGACCCUUCAUUAUAAAAA